UCCCACUUGUCCAUUCCGACGGUGAGAGAGUGACCAUGGCGGGCGAGCUGGUGAUCAACACGGACAGGGUCCAGAAGUUCGUCGGCGACCUCGAGUCCCAGAUGAACGCCCUCUCCGCCUGCACUCGCCUCUUCGCCACCCUCUCCGACCGCCUCCAUUCCCUCCAGCGCUCCCUCGACGACAAGUCCCACUCCGUCGAAUCCGACCUCCAAUCCCUCGUCUCCUCGUCCCACCAAGCCCUGGAUUCCCUCUGCGGCCGAAUGGCCUCGCUUCCAAACCGCGAAUCCUUCGCCGUCGCGCUCGUCGAGGAGCGCAAGGCCGCGGCCCUGGCCGACCUCGACAACCCCAGCCCGAGCGGCGCCUGCGGUUUGUCCGAGUCGCUGCGGUCGUUCGCGCGGAGGAUGGACUCCUCGGGGCUGGUGAAGUUCCUCGUAUCCAAGAGGAAGGAGUCGGCGUCGCUGCGAGCGGAGAUGCCGGCGGCCAUCGCAGAGGCGGUAGACCCGCCGCGGCUUGUGCUGGACGCGGUGGAGGAGUUCCUGGAGAACAAGUCCGCGAAGGUGGGCGUGGCCGAUAAGCGGUGGGCGUGCGGGCUGUUGGUGCAGGCCCUGUUUCCGGAGGCGAAGAGGGCGGACGCGCGGCGGCCCGAGUACGCCCGGAGUGUGGUGGAGCGAGCCGCCGCCCUCCUCGACGCGUGGAGGAAGCAGGUGGAGAGCGUUACUGGCGCCGCCGAGGCGGGAGAAGAAAGCGACGGAGCGAUUGGGCCCGCGGAGGCAGUCAUGAUCCUUCAGAUGGUGGUGGCGUUCGGGCUGAAAUCGAGGUUCGACGAAGGUUUCUUGAGGAAGUUGGUGGUGGAUUUCGCUCGGAGAAGAGACUUAGCUAAGCUUGCAGUGGCACUGGAUUUCGGGGAGAAAUUAGCAGACAUUAUUGAGGAACUGGUGAAGAAUGGUAAAGAGGUAGAGGCUGUCUAUUUUGCUGCUGAGUCAGGCAUGACCGACAGAUUUUCUCCCGCUUCGCUUCUAAAGUCGUACCUGGGCAAUGCCAAAAAGAACGCUCAGACUGUGUUGAAGAGCGGCAAUAACAGUAUGGUCUCCGCGGAGGAGGCUAGUACUAUCGAAUUGAGCGCUAUCAAAACAGUUGUGAAGUGCGUGGAAGACCAAAAACUCGAGUCAGUCUUCUCUCUCGAUAGCUUAAAGAAGAGAGCCGCCAUUCUGGAGAAAGCCAAGGCGGAAAGAAAGAAAAACUCAACUUGUGGUAGCAAGCCUUCCAAUAAACGAGCCCUUGGACCCAGUAGCAGCCACGGUGAUGGACAAUCUUCUUCCCGCCCAGCCAAGGCACUGAAAUUUGCUAACCCUAGCCUGUCGUUUGGCCGGAGGAACCCGCUUCCACUUGCACACCUCAGUUCUGCUGUAAGAUAUUCCACCCCUUACAGCUAUCCUGGCCAGGGCGCUUAUGAAGUUCCGAGCAUGACCGCAUACACGCCGGCCUAUGGGAGGUCCCACAGCCCGGCCGAAGCUCAAAUCGUGAUUCAACAAGAGUAUUCCCCCUCUGCCACCUAUUCACCCAUCAUCCACAGAUUAGCCUAUUCGCCCAUCGUGGACGCUAGCGGCGGCGCAAGUCUGUAUCGUGCAGCUCCAUAUGUACCGCCGGCGAGUCAUGGUAUGGCGAGUCAUGGUAUGCACGAUUAUGACCCGCAUCAGCAUCAGUAUCCGUCUUACGGGCAGUAGCGCGUAGCUUAGAAAAAGAUCACAGAGAUGAUCAGCCUUGGGCUGUCAUAUUUCUUAUGCCCCCCUAGGAAGGAUCUCUGUGGGGCUGUCUAUUGUCAUGAUUAAUUUGACGAGUUAAUACCAUUAUCUGUCA